UGUUCUCUGUUCUGGCCGUUCUGCUGCUUGUACGUUCGCGUGUAGCUCGUCGCGAGCGAGGGGGUCUGCGCUCAUAAUGCGAGCGGAUCGUCGCUCGGGCGCAGCCGAGACCCCGACGGGAAGCCGUCGCCGGUAGCUACAGAGGGCUCGUUCGCGGUCGCAGCGCCAUGAGCGCGGCCAAGUCGCACCCGGACAGGCCGGGCGAUGCGGCGGAGCGGCUCCGCGAGCGGCCGCGGCUCGGGGGGGUGUUCUGGUGGCUGCGGCAGAGGGCUCUCGGCAGGGGGCUCUUCGUGGACCCCGCGCGGGACAACUUCAGGACCAUGACGAGCCUGUACAGCUCGAUGCACCCCGCGGACUCGGUGAACCUGGGCACGAGGACGCACGGCGCCGUGUUCAACCUGGAGUACUCGCCCGAUGGGUCAGUGCUGACGGUGGCGUGCGAACAGACCGAGGUCCUUCUCUUUGACCCUGUAUCUUCCAAGCACAUUAAGACCCUGGUGGAGGCCCACGAGGACUGUGUGAACAACAUCAGGUUCCUGGACAACCGGCUGUUCGCCACCUGCUCGGACGACACCACCAUCGCGCUGUGGGACCUGCGCAAGCUCAACACCAAGGUGUGCUCGCUGCACGGCCAUGCCAGCUGGGUGAAGAACAUCGAGUACGACACCAACACGCGUCUCCUGGUCACCUCUGGCUUUGAUGGCAACGUCAUCACCUGGGACACCAACAGGUUCACUGAGGACGGUUGCCCACACAAGAAAUUCUUCCACACGCGCUACCUGAUGCGAAUGCGCCUCACCCCCGACUGCUCCAAGAUGCUUAUCUCGACCUCGUCGGGCUACCUGCUCAUCCUGCACGACCUGGACCUGACCCAGUCGCUGGAGGUGGGCACCUACCGCACCCUCCGCAGCCGCCGCACUACCCUCAACGCCGACGGCUCCAGGACUCCCGGUGCCCCUCGUCACGGCAAUGACUCCAGCAAGGCCCGACCCCAGGCCUCGCACAGAGAAGGAGCCUCUCCACGGAACAGUCUAGAGGUUCUGACCCCGGAGGUGCCUGGUGAGAGGGACCGCGGUAACUGCAUCACCUCCCUGCAACUACACCCCAAGGGCUGGGCCACGCUGCUCCGCUGCUCCAGCAACACUGAUGACCAGGAGUGGACCUGUGUCUACGAAUUCCAGGAGGGCGCCCCCCCGGUGCGGGCAGUCUCUCCGCGCCGUUCACUCCGGCUCACCCACUACAUCGAAGAGGCCAACGUGGGCCGAGGCUACAUCAAGGAGCUGUGCUUCAGCCCGGACGGACGCCUCGUCUGCUCCCCCUUUGGCUACGGAGUCCGUCUGCUGGCAUUCGACGGGCGAUGCGGCGAGCUAGCCGACCGCCCGGCAACCGAGACGGAGCGACUGCGCGAGGUGCGCUCCGUCUACUCCCACAGCGACGUGGUCCUCACGACAAAGUUCUCACCCACCCACUGCCAACUGGCGUCCGGAUGCCUCAGCGGUCAGGUGUCUCUCUAUCAGCCCAGGUUUUAGACUCCCGAUGCAAGAGAAUCCACAUCUGCGGAAAGAAACUAAAAUGGGGAUUGUGCCAGUCCUGCGCACUCUUUCCCUUGAUGCCUCAGAGAAGGCCAGACUGCAGUACAAUUACAUGCAUGUACCCCGUUCGCCUCUAUGCAGAGUGUUUGUGUGGAGACUCUUGACAUUCAGGGGAAAUAAAAUGCAGGACUAUGGGAACUGAGCCCAUCUUCCCUGCCGGACAGCAAACAGCCCCAUGGUGGCGCACCAGUUAGAGAGACCCACGUGGGCUUACGUUCGCCGAAGUGUCGAGUAGAGACUGCUGCCCCUGGUUGGCCACCUCACCUUUCUGUUGGUGCUCCUUAAUUGGUCUUGAUUUCUCACGUUUAAAAUGGUGUGUAUGCUAGACACAAUUGGUCAGUGUUUUUUUUUUUUUUAAAUUUUUUUUAAAUAGUCAGGUUUUUGCUUGCAGAUGUAAUUUGUUUACACAUUGCCCCCAGGAGCUUUUUAUUUUUAAAGAUUUGCUAUGGAGUUUUCUAUGCUAGAAUUAUGCUGUACGUUUCAUCGCUUCGAUGUGAAAUGUGUCGCGGUUGCGUUGCCAGCGUUUAAUCCUGCAUGUCUGUGAUGGACGAUGGACCGCAGUUUGGUGUUUCUUGCAGCAGACUGAUAAAAUCUUCAGUGUUUUGCUCCUGACGUUGACUGAGUGUGCCAGCCCUCACACAAAAGUUGAUUUUAUUGAGUUGAUUUGCGAUGAGUUUCAUUCGUUCUCAAAUUAUCGAUAGUAGUCCAGUACAAGUUUGUGAUAAUCCAGCAUCUUAUCUCAGAAGUGUAGGGCAUCAAGCAGGGAACACCCUGGAUGGGAUGCUGCUCUAUUACAGGGCGAAUACACACCCAUGUUUAUUUACACAUGCAGAUGGUGACUGUUACCAAUCCACCUGAAACGCUUCUUUGGACUGUGUGCGGAAACCAGAGAACCCGGACGAAACGCAUGCGAAUGCAGGGAGAACAUGUAAAUCCCCCGCGGACUGAGCCAGGUUUAAACCCGCAUUGGAACCUACAGCACAGGAGCUGCAAGGCACCAGUGCUACCUGCUGUGCCGCCCUAUUACUCUUCAUGUUGCUUUUUUUUUUUUGUCCCUGUCCUUUCACACCGGAAAGUUCACCGUAUCCAUGUAGUUAGUGGUCACGUCUCCCUAAACUGUCAUUGAAAGUUAAUGGUUGGGGGUCCAUGCUCACAGUACCAUCAACUUGCUGUUUUUGUUUAUAUUUAAGCACCUACUCCACGCCCCCGAUGGGUCGGGGUUUGUCUCGUGAGCAGCUGUACUCUUCCACCAAGCAAAGCUGUGGUAUUACUAUGGCUUGUUGGGAAAACAGUGAGUGCAUAAUGAUUCUGUUGUUACUUGGGUUUACUGUAUUUUUUUCUCGUGUUUAGCGGGUGGGACAGAGGAAGGUUUUUAUCGUACUCAUGUUUUAGGGUAUUUUGCACAAUAGAGCGUAGAAUGUGACAGUUUUCAGUGGGUUAAAUGAGCGUGAAGGGGGGCACAGCAUGGGGCGGGAAGCUUUUUAAGAGAAUGGCUGAUGUUGGUAUGUGAAGUUGGUGCAGAACACUUUUUAAAAACAGGAAGCAACAUCACUUUGGACCAUGUGAUGAGAGCCGAGACCCAAGAACACUCGCGUCACUGCUAUUGACUAUCAAAACAGUUGAAUUGCAGUAGGACGUGACCUGCCCUUAAACACUUCCCUCCAUGCAAAAACAGGUACCAUAACCUGCCAGGACCCCUAAUGAACCCAGACAAGCCAGGGUGUACUUUUUCAUCAUGGCACUGCCCUCUUACAUCACCACCCCCGUAAUGUUGGCAGUACAGGCUGCGCUGCAUGAAUCUGGACACCAGCAUUCAUUUCUAAUCAACACUUAUUUGUGCUGAUGAAGAUAAACACACACCUUUUUGUGGUUCACAGUGGGCAAUGGCCCAUCUUCAUGUAAACACAAGUAUGUGUGUGUGGAUAUUUAUGUACAUAAGUGCAUUUAUUCUCAUGAAACAUGUAACAUUUCUUCAUUGUGUAGUUUUAAUAUCUCCCCAUUUUCUUACCCCCCCAAAAAAGUGUGUUUUGUACUCGUUCUUGUUUUUGCCUACACAUUUGAUCUUCCACCUUACAUCAUGAGUUCAGUGAAAAGAUCAGUGACAUCACAGCUGUUGUUUGUAACAUGUCAGGGAGGAGUAAAAACCAUAUAGCGAGGCUCACAUUUUCAAUGUUUUUAAUUUUCUGUUUAUACCCACAGAUGUACGGUGUUGCUUGAAUGUAUGUGAAGCCCUUGUGUCCUUUAGUUUUACCAUAAAAUGGUUAUUUAA